GAUGCCAUCUCGCCUUUGUUCGCGCCGGUAAACCCAUCGAGCGAUCUGGAAGACAAACCGGACGUGGAUUAUCUAUUGGGAAGAUCCCUCGCCUCGAAUGAAGAGAAAACAGAGGAAGGAAAAAAGGAUCUUGAGGUGGAAGAAGACGUAUCUUCCGUUAAGGGGAUAGAGAACAUCUCGAUUUCCUCAGAGAGUCAAAUCCACGAAAGGAUUAGUAACAGCGACGAAUCUUCCUUUGAAGAGGAAAGAAUCAUCGUAAGAGAUUCACACGAAAAGCAAAGAUUAACGAACUCGGAGCCUAAUUUAGACCAGUUAGAUUUUCAGGAUGGCGGCAUUCCGUUUUUUCAAAUCACCGUUGAGGAUCCACAAAAGAUAGGGGAUCCCAUCAAUGCGCAUAUUAUAUACAAAGUCCGGACUAGGACGACGUCUAAUUCUUUUAAAAGCAAGGAUUUCACAGUUUUGAGACGCUACCGGGAUUUUCUGUGGCUUUAUAAUCAACUGACGAGUGGAAAUCCAGGGGUUAUUGUCCCCCCUGUACCGGGUAAACACGCUAUUGGCCGUUUUCAAGACGAAUUCGUGGAAAGUCGUCGCCGGGCAUUGGAAAGAUGCCUGAAUAAAAUCACCUCGCAUCCGAA